AUGGCGACGCACGAGUACGACAUUGUCCUCUACGGUGCGACGGGCUUUACCGGCAAGUUUGUGGCGCAGUACCUCGCCGAGCACCCUCAGGUGCCGCGCAUUGCGCUCGCCGGGCGCAAUGCGUCCAAGGUGCGCGCGGUACGCGACGGUCUCGUGAACGUGACCAAGGAGCGUAUCGAGAGCAUCGGGCUCGUCGAGGCGUCGGCGGGCGACAAGGCGAGUCUGCAGCGCCUCGCUGCCUUGGCCAAGGUCGUGAUCAACACCGUCGGACCUUUUGGCCAGCUGGGCGGCUUUGACGUUGCCAAGGCGGCGGCUGAAGCGGGCACGGGCUACGUUGACUUGACUGGCGAGUCGGACGUGUAUGCAGACGAGGUCAAAGGCAUUCAUGCGAUCGCCCAAAAGACCAAUGCGGUGAUCAUCCCCUCGUCGGGCUUUGACUGCCUUCCUUUUGACUUGUCGACGUACUUUGCGGUCCAAGAAGUAAAAAAGGUGCUGGGCCCCGACGCCGAGAUCGACCAUGUGCUACUGGGCUACGACGUCAAGGGGUCCGUGUCGGGCGGCACGUUUGCGAGCGCGCUGAGCAUGGCCAAGCAUCCUUAUGCGCUGUCGUACUCGCACCCCUACUGGUUCAGCCCUGUGCAGGGCGUGAUGAAGACCCAGCCGUACAAGACACGUUUCCUGCCGCAGUUCAACAAGAGCGGCUCGUAUACCAUGUUUGCGCCGCACAAUACACGCGUCGUGAACCGCUCGUGGGGUCUGCAAGAAGAGGCGCAUCUUCCGACUCACUACGGCCCCGAAUUUCGGUACCUAGAGGCCGAGGUGUCCUGGUCAUCCCUCGGCGCGUUCCUCGUCUCGUGCAAGUUCCUGCUGGCGACGUGGAUGUUUAACAAUAUGCCGUUUAUCGGGCGCAUGGCACAGACCGUACUCCCCCAAGGCUCGGGCUCGUCGCUGGAAGAGCAGCUCAAAGGCCACGCCAAGCUGCGCACGAUCGCGUACGGCCGCGACGGAAAGACCAAGGGGCUGUCGGUCUUUAGCGUCCAGGGCGAUCCCGGCUACUACAAGACGGGUGCAUUCCUGUCCGAGUCGGCGCUGGCCAUUGCGCUCGACAAGGACCGCCUUACGCCGAUGGCGCACCGAGGCGGCGUGCUUACCUGGGCGACAGCUGGACCCGAGGUCGUGAUGGAGCGCCUCGUCAAGUACGGCGGCGUCACUUUUGGCGCGGCCGACAUUACGAACGAGGCGAAUCCCAGCAAGGUGCUUGCCUAA